GCCAACCAAGGGCUAACCAAGGGAGAGAAUGACACAGAUGGCGGAACGAGGGGUCAAAGGAGAACAGAUGACAGAAAAGACGUGUAAGGAGAGGAGACUUGUGUGUCGGCAUGUGUGACAGUAUGGGGGCUCGACUCAGGGCUUGGGUAAGCUGGUAACUGAUACUGACCUGGAAUGUAAGUCCCUGCCACUGAGAGUAGAGUGACACAGUUCCCCUAUCCUAACACACACACACUCAAAAACACACACACACCCACACCCACUCACAGAAACACCACUUUUCAUUUUUUUGCCUUCCAAACUGCCUCUCUCAGGGCCAUGGAGAAAGACUUAAUAGAUCGCAGUCUGAGAGACUGAUGUCUACUGCCAAAUGUCAUACGUCUUUACAUCGGCGUUAUAUCUCCACCAUACCUGACACCAUCAGCAGCCAUACCCCUUCAGAUUGGUGCCAACCAUCCUUCUCUUUGACAUGGAUGACACAUCGACCCAGACCAGCCCUUCAUCCCAGAGUUCUGUCUCUUCGGACCACAACGCGCCCUUAACCUUACAUCAUGCUCCUCGGUUUGGGAGAGUAAUUCCAAAUCGCAUAUUUGUUGGUGGAAUUGACAUAAAGACAAAUGAGAGCGAUUUGAGGUGUUUUUUCUCCCAGCACGGUGCUGUCAAAGAAGUAAAGAUUGUCAUUGAUCGUGCUGGAGUGUCAAAGGGGUAUGGCUUUGUCACCUUUGAAACUCAAGAAGAUGCCCAGAAUAUCCUUAAGGAAGCUGACAGACUGUUCUUUCGGGACAAGAGACUCAACAUUGGCCAGGCCAUCCGCAAGCAGCAAGUGGGCAUGCACUCAGGUGGAUUUGCUGUGCCCAACCUCAACCCUGCCAUGGCCAUCCCUGCACCGUGCAACACCAUGUACCUCACCACCCCCACAGGCUAUCCCUACACAUACCACAACGGGGUGGCCUACUUCCAUCCUCCUGAGAUGACCACCUCUGCCUCACAUUGGCCUUCUCGAUCUAUGUCUGGGUCCCCUGUCAUGGUGGCCCACCCUGCUCCUCCAGUCUACCCUCAGCCUGCUUACCACCAUGCUUACCAGGCUCCUGCGCAGUGCGUGCCCACAACCCUUCAGUGGAACAUCCCCCAGUCUCCAGUGCCCUCUAGCCCUGUCCUGUACGUGCAGCCCUCUGACCUGCGCUACCAGCCUGUAGAGAUGCCUGCCGACGGGGGCUGCAUCCAGACCUCCAUCCCCCUGACAGAAGCCUCCAUGCCUGAGCAAACCCACAUGGAUCACAUGGUUCAGCCAGCGUAUCACCAGCUGUACCUACAUAAUCCAGCAGGAAUGGGACCCAUUAUGAUGCACCAAGAAACAGGAAAGGAACAGAGGUUCCACCCAACCAGGCGAGGGUUUCCUCACUCCCCCAUCAAUCUCAAGGGCCGGUGCAGCCGCGGCCCCCACUACACCCACCUGCGUAAGGACCACGCCGCUGAGCUGGCCGAGCUCUCCGCCUCGCAAGCUACUGAGCCACUCGGGUAAACAGAACCUACCCUGCCCCCCCACCACCCCCGACCCAUUCUCCACUGCACCUUCUCCUGCUCCAGCUGAAGGGCUACUCCCUACUACACGCCGCGCCACCUCUCCAUAUCUGUCCUCUCAAACGUCCAACAGGCGGCUCCAGCUGGCAACUGUCCUCGCAGCUGCCUGAAGUCACGCCACUCUUGGCUUCUUAGUAGUCACUGUACUCUGCUGUCCAGAUUGCAUGUAGACAGUGGAGACCCUCCAGUGCCUUAGACUUUCUCCACACUCCUCCUCCUUCUCCCACCAACCGUAUGCCAUAUAACGCACCCCACUCCUCAGUCAGGUCCCAACUGCUUUAUUGUCACCGCCUGUGCCUUAAACCACAACGCACUCCUCUGUCUAGAUCACCUGUGGGUGGCGCUCUACCUGCCACCCAGUGUUUCAAAGUCCUCUAUUCCAAUGUAAGAGCCCCUCUCUGCGUCACAUGACAACCCCCCCCACAC